AAUGAUCGGAACGAUGAAAGGCCAAGAUUUUACACGGAUCCUUAUUUAGCUCACGUGCCCGAGAAUUUAGACCCGGGACACAAAGUGACACAAAUUGUCGCAUUUGAUCCCGAUAUGGGAGAGAACGGACAGGUCUUCUAUAAGUUAGGCGAAGGACAUGACAACAAGUUUUACAUCGAUGGCAAAGACGGAACCGUUUGGACUCUUUCGACAUUAGAUUACGAGGAGAAGAGCUUUUAUAACAUAACUGUCAUCGCAUACGAUAAGGGAAGUCCGAGUCUAAGUUCAGUGGCUAAGCUAUGGGUGACAGUCGCCGACACAUCCGAUUCUGUGCCCGACUUUGCGAAAGCCGUUUACACUCUAGAAGUGGCCGAAAACGCCAAACCCGGGGAUACAGUGUUCACAAUGAAUGCCGGCGACGGACCCUUCAAAUACACACUUCUGAAUUCAGACGAAAUGAAAACCUUUUCUAUCGAACAAAGCAAUGGAAGAGUAAAACUGACGAAAGCGUUGGAUAGCGUCCAUAGAAAUCAUUACAGACUUCUUGUUAAGGCAGAGGACGACAGCGAACCACCAAAAUCUGAUACAACAGAA